UCUAACGUUCACUUUGUCUCUCUCCCUCUCUCUCUCUCGCCGGAGCUCUUCUCUCUACAGUCCUUUAAUCCCAACGAUAUUUUCACUUUGAUGAAAGCUACCGUGGAGAUCCGAGGGUUCUUCUUCUAAUUCACUCUUUGCAUUUGUGAGGAGAACGGUCGUGAGCCUCUUUUUCGCCCAAUUCCAUUUUUUCUCCUUUUUACUUUCGACAAUCGUUAGGAGUUGAAAGAAAAUCAAGAUCCCGGAUUGUAGUUCUACACUCGAAUUAUCCUGCGUGUUUAUAUUGUUUUUUUUUUUUUGCAAUCCCUGCAAUCAGAGGCGCGGUUCGAAUUGCGGGGAGCCUUCCGUUUGAAACGAAGCUCACCAGGCAAAUUUCAGGUCGCUACUCUUUGUCUCUCGAACUCGCAGGCUUUCUUGCUUGUUUCUUAUGGCUUCCAGGAACCAGAACAAGGCGCCUUCGAGUCCUGGACAUAGCAAGAAUGCUGCAGAUGAGCGAUUAGUGGAUAAGAAGAGAAGGAUUGGAAACAUGAAGAUGCAACCUAGUGUUGGGACAAAGGGUCAAACUCGGCAAGCUUUUUCGGUGGUGAACGGGACCCAAGAUCCGCCUCCAGCCUCUGGGCCGCCAAGCAAUUCUGGUUCUGAUACUGUUGUGUUCACUAAAGAGGAUGUUGAUGCAUUACUCAAUGAGAGGUUGAGAAUUAAAAAUAAAUUCAACCACAAGGAAAAAAGUGAACAAAUGGCUGAAAUGAUAAGAAGGCUUAAGCAGUGUAUCAAAUGGUUUCAACAGCUUGAAGGAAAUUACGUUACAGAGCAGGAGAAAUUGAAGAACUUGUUGGAAUCAUUAGAAACAAAAUGCAAUAACAUAGAGUCGCUUAUGAAGGCUAAGGAAGAUGAAUUGAAUGCAAUAAUUAUGGAUUUGAGAAAAAGUUUGGAGUCUCUGCAGGAAAAGUAUUCGAAAGAGGAAGCAGAUAAAUCGGAAGCAUUGGAUUCUUUGGGGAGAGAGAAAGAAGCUAGAUUAGCUGCAGAGAAGUUGAAGGCUUCUCUUUCAGAAGAGCUGAAAAAAGCUCAAGAAGAGAAUGCUAGUUCCAACCACAAGAUUCAGUCGUUUAAUGAUAUGUACAAGCGAUUACAAGAGUACAACACGAGUUUGCAGCAGUACAAUACCAGGCUGCAGUCAGAGGUUAAUGAAGCCAAUGAGGCACUCAAGCGCGUCGAGAAAGAGAAGGGAGCUGUGGUUGAAAACCUCAGUACUUUGAGGGGCCAUUAUGCCUCGCUGCAAGAGCAACUUGCUUCAUCUCGAGCAUCUCAAGAUGAGGCCAUGAAACAGAAGGAAGCACUGGGUAGUGAAGUUGCAUGUUUGAGAAAUGAUUUGCAACAAGCAAGAGAGGAUCGUGAUCGCCAAUUGUCACAAGUCCAAGCUUUGUCAGCCGAAGCAACCAAACACAAGGAGCGUGCUGAUAAUUAUGAGUCACAACUAGACGGCCUCUCCACGAAAUCCAAUGAGCUGAAGUCCACUUGCUCUUCCCAAAGUGAAGAGAUAAGACGACUAAGGGACCAGCUUGCCUUUGCGGAAAAGAAAUUGCAGCUGUCAGAUAUGUCACACAUGGAAGCAAGAUCAGAAUUUGAGGGGCAGAAAGCAUUGAUUCAUGAACUACAAAACCGUUUGGCAGAUGCAGAUUCAAAAAUUGUUGAAGGAGAAAAACUGCGGAAGAAACUGCAUAAUACAAUCUUGGAAUUGAAAGGGAACAUUCGAGUGUUUUGUAGAGUGAGACCCUUGUUGUCUGAAGAUGGAGUCGGAAGUGAUGCAAAAGUUGUUUCAUUCCCAUCAUCAACAGAACUGAUGGGGAGGGCCAUUGAUGUAUCACAAAAUGGACAAAAACACUCUUUCACUUUUGACAAAGUGUUCUUGCCGGAGGAAUCCCAGGAAGAUGUUUUUGUGGAGAUUUCACAACUUGUUCAAAGUGCCCUUGAUGGGUACAAGGUUUGUAUCUUCGCCUACGGCCAAACUGGUUCUGGUAAGACGUACACAAUGAUGGGAAAACCAAACCAAGCAGAUGAGAAAGGUUUGAUACCACGAUCACUAGAGCAGGUAUUUGAGACUAGGCAACUCCUUGAAGCCGAAGGAUGGAAGUAUGAAAUGCAGGUGUCAAUGCUUGAAAUAUACAACGAAACAAUUCGUGACUUAUUGGCACCAUCACGAGUAGAUAAUGCUGGGAAGCAAUACACCAUUAAACAUGAUGCCAAUGGAAACACUUAUGUUUCUGAUCUUACAACCUUUGAUGUUCGCAGUAGCCGGGAAGUCUCCUAUCUUUUAGAGAGAGCAUCACAAAGCAGGUCGGUAGGAAAGACUCAAAUGAACGAACAAUCUUCAAGGAGUCAUUUUGUCUUCACUCUCAGAAUAUCAGGAGUUAAUCAGAGCACCGAUCAACAAGUGCAAGGUGUUUUGAAUCUCAUUGAUCUUGCUGGGAGCGAGCGCCUUUCUAGAAGUGGGGCAACCGGUGAUCGGUUGAAAGAAACUCAGGCCAUUAAUAAGAGCUUAUCGUCGUUAAGUGAUGUCAUAUUCGCGUUGGCAAAGAGAGAGGAGCAUGUGCCAUUCAGGAACUCCAAACUAACCUAUCUUCUCCAGCCUUGCUUAGGAGGAGACUCGAAGACAUUGAUGUUUGUGAACAUUUCACCGGAUCCUUCCUCGACAGGCGAAUCUCUGUGUUCGCUACGAUUUGCAGCGAGGGUAAAUGCUUGCGAAAUAGGCAUCCCAAGGCGGCAAACCAGUUUAAGAUCCAUCGAUUCUCGUUUGAGCAUUGGCUAGGCUAACUCAACUCAACUCAUCUCAAACUCAUCUUAUGGUAUUGAUUGAUUGAUUUGGUGUUAUUACAUAAGACAAUUAGUAAGUAUAGUAAAUGGGGUGUGUGUUAUUUGCUCCUGCUGCAGUUGAUUGUUAACAAAAGCGCGCCUAACUGGAAUAUCAUCAUUGUCAUCAUCAUCGCUUGUUGUCGCGCAAUCGAAGCUGCGAUGACAAGACAAUAUAGAGAGAGAGAGAGAGUGAGAGUGAGUUAGUUAAUUGUUUGUGUUUGUCUGUGUGAUGAGUAAUGAGUUAUACACUACUACUAGUAGUACUACUACUGAGGUACCACAGGGGGCUGGUGCCUUGAGCCCCCACUUUUCUUUUCUGCAUAAGUAAGUUUGUUUCAUCUCAUCAUCAUGUUAUGUUAAUGUUACUCACUGACUGCUGAAGUUAGUUAGUCUGUGUUUUACAAGCAAGCAUAAAUUCUAUGCAGGGGUAGGAAAUUUGAUUUGCUGUUGUUGGUCUUGGUGGGAUC